GCCCGCGUCCGGAUCCGCACGCACCAGCCGCAGCCUUCGGGGACAUUUGGAGCGGACGUCGCGCUCUCCACCCGCAGCGAUGUCGUCCUGGCUCGGGGGCCUGGGCUCCGGCUUGGGCCAGUCUCUGGGUCAAGUAGCGGGCAGCCUGGCUUCCCUCACGGGCCAGAUCUCCAACUUCACGAAGGAUAUGCUGAUGGAAGGCACGGAGGAUGUGCCAGCAGAUUUGCCCAAUUCCGGGAGAGAGGAAAAUGAAGCUACUCAUUCAGUCUUAAGAUCAGAGAAUGAAAGACUUAAAAAGCUUUACACUGAUCUAGAGGAAAAGCAUGAAGCAUCAGAAUUGCAGAUAAAGCAGCAGUCUUCCAGUUACCGCAGUCAGCUGCAGCAGAAAGAGGAAGAAAUCAACCACCUUAAAGCAAGACAGAUUGCACUACAGGAUGAAUUGCUCAGACUUCAGUCGACCACUCAGCCGGUGCAUCCAGAGUCUGGCAGGGUGCCAGCAGCCACUGCAUCGCCUCCAUUCAGUUACAGCGUCAGUCAUCAUGUGUCAGCUUUCCAUGAAGAUGACAUGGACUUUGGUGAUGUGAUUUCUUCACAACGAGAAAUAAACCGAUUAUCAAAUGAAGUUUCAAGACUUGAAUCUGAACUUGGACACUGGAGACAUAUUGCCGAGGUUCGGGGAACACAAAGCUCUGAUCAAACAGAAAUUUGCAAGCUGCAGAAUAUAAUUAAGGAACUUAAGCAGAAUCGAAGUCAGGAAAUUGAUGACCAUCAGCAUGAAAUGUCAGUAUUGCAGAAUGCGCAUCAACAGAAACUGACAGAGAUAAGUCGUCGGCAUCGAGAGGAGCUAAGGGACUAUGAAGAGCGAAUUGAAGAACUGGAAAACCUGUUACAGCAAGGUGGCUCAGGAGUUACAGUAACUGAUCAUUCUAAAAUGUAUGAUAUGCAAAACACUAUUCAGAUUCUACAGAUGGAAAAAGUAGAAUCUGCCAAAAAAAUUGAAGAACUUGAGGAUAAAAUGAAAGAGAUAUAUAAAAGAUUGUCUUCUGCAGAGCAUGAUCGAGCAGUUUGGAAGAGAGAACAGGAACAACUGGAGGUGGAAAAGAGACAGAUGACUGAGCAGUGUGAGCGCUUGAAACUGGAAUGCAGCAAAUUGCAGCCUCUUGCUCUGGGGCAGAGGGACGUUGUGACAGAGGAGGAGAGGACUCUCCCACAGAGUUCCUCAGUUGCAGAGGUCUUGAGAUUACAGCAAGCUUUGACUGAUGCUGAAAAUGAAAUAAUGAGACUAAGUAGUUUAAACCAGGAUAACAGUCUUGCUGAAGACAAUCAGAAACUUCAAAUGUGUGUCCAAAUUUUAGAAAAAGAGAAGUCAUUAUUGAGUCAAGAAAAGGAAGAACUUCAGAUAUCACUUUCCAAACUGAGCAAUGAAUAUGAAGUCAUUAAAAGUACAGCUACAAGGGACAUAGAUUUGUUGUCUCAAGUACGUGACUUGAAACUUAACUUGGAGGUGAAGGAACAAGAACUGAAUCAGAGUAUUCAUGAAAAUGAAAUACUCACGGCUGAAUUAGAAGAACUGGACAAGCAGAACCAAGAGGCUACUAAGCAUGUGAUUUUGAUAAAAGAUCAGCUAUCAAAACAACAAAGUGAAGGAGAUAGUACCAUCAAGAAACUAAAAGAAGAUCUAAAUGAUGAAAAGCAGAGAAGCCAUCACCUCGAGGAUGAUAAAAUGAACAUUAUCAAAGAGUUAGACUUGCAGAAAGAAAAGCUAACUCACAGUGAACAGGCCCUAAGUGAUUUACAGUUAACCAAGCAGAAGCUUGAAGAUAAAGUAGAAGAUUUAGUAGAUCAGCUGAAUAAAUCAGAGAAAAAUAAUUUCAGCAUCCAGAAGGAGAACCAGGAACUGAGGGAACACAUCAGACAAAAUGAGGAAGAGCUGUCCACAGUGAGAAGUGAAUUGAUUCGCUCUCAGACCCAAGACUCUAACAGUCAGCUGAAGGAUGACUUACUUCAGGAAAGGGAAGCUGAAGUCAGAAACUUAAAGCAGAGUCUUUCCGAAAUAGAACAGCUCAAUGAACAUUUGAAGCAAGUUGCUUUUGAUCUCAGAACAGAAAAUGAAAAGCUGGUUGUAGCCUGUGAGGAUGUAAGAAAUCAGUUGGAAGAAUCUAUUGCUGGCAACAACCAGGUUUCUCUGGAAAAAACUGCCAUGCUGGAGACACUCAGAUGGGAAAAGGAGCAGCUAGAAACAGAAUUGUGUGGUGCUGAGAAGAGGCUUUUGGAAGAAGCAAACAAAUACAAGCAAACUAUUGAGGAACUGUCCAGCGCACGCAGCCUGAGUACCUCUGCCUUACAGCUGGAACAUGAGCACUUAAUUCAACUCAGUCAAGAAAAAGACUCUGAGAUAUCAGGGCUCAAAAAAAGUAUUGAGCAAAUGGCUACUGAUCAUCAACAAAUGAAGGAAACUUUGUCGUCUAGUUUAGAAGAGCAGAAACGAUUGACACAACUUAUAAAUGAAAAAGAAAUUUGUAUUGUGAAACUUAAAGAAAAAAGUUCAGAACUGCAGGAGGAAUUGGACAAAUGUGCUGAGGCCUUAAGAAAAAAUGAGACUCUAAGGCAGACCAUAGAGGAAAAAGAUAGAAGUCUUGGAUCCAUGAAAGAAGAGAAUAAUCACUUGCAAGAAGAGCUGGAGCGGCUCAGAGAGCAGCAGAGUCGGGCUGUGCCCGUGCCUGAGCCUAGAACCCUUGACAGCACCACAGAGCUAGAGUCUGAGCUGUCUAGGCUGCACAUAAUCAAAGAUCAUCUGGAAGAAGAAAUUAAACAUCAUCAAAAGAUGAUUGAAGAUCAAAAUCAGAAUAAGAUGCAGCUUCUCCAGUCUCUACAGGAACAGAAGAAAGAAAUGGAUGAGUUUAGGUACCAGCAUGAACAAAUGAAUAUCACACACAGCCAGCUCUUUUUAGAAAAAGAUGAGGAAAUUAAGAACUUGCAAAAAACAAUUGAACAAAUAAAAGCCCAAUUGCAUGAAGAAAGACGGGACAUUCCAACAGAGAAUUCUGAUAUUUUUCAAGAAACAAAAGUUCAGAGCCUUAGUAUAGAAAAUGAAAGUGAAAAGCAUGAUUUAUCUAAAGCUGAAACGGAAAGGUUGGUGAAGGGGAUAAAAGAACGGGAGCUGGAGAUUAAGCUUCUGAAUGAAAAGAAUAUCUCUUUAACUAAACAGAUUGAUCAGUUGUCCAAAGAUGAGGUCGGCAAGCUCACUCAGAUUAUCCAGCAGAAAGACUUGGAGAUCCAAGCUCUUCAUGCCAGGAUUUCCUCGGCUUCCUGCUCUCAGGAUGUUGUGUACCUCCAGCAGCAGCUGCACGCCUAUGCUAUGGAAAGAGAAAAAGUAAUGGUUGUCUUAAGUGAGAAGACCAGGGAAAAUAGCCAGCUAAAAACAGAGUACCACAAGAUGAUAGAUAUUAUUAGUGCCAAAGAAGCAGCCCUUAUUAAGUUGCAAGAUGAGAAUAAAAAAAUGUCCACUAGAUUUGAAAGUAGUGGCCAAGAUAUGUUUAAAGAAACUAUUCAGAAUUUAUCACGGAUUAUUCGAGAAAAAGACAUUGAAAUAGAUGCACUGAGUCAGAAGUGCCAGACCCUGCUGACAGUUUUGCAGACUUCUGGCACAGGUAGCGAGGUUGGAGGAGUUAAUAGUAACCAGUUUGAGGAACUCUUACAGGAACGUGAUAAACUAAAACAGCAAGUGAAGAAAAUGGAAGAGUGGAAACAACAGGUGAUGACCACUGUCCAAAAUAUGCAACACGAGUCAGCCCAGCUUCAAGAAGAACUUCAUCAACUUCAGGCACAAGUUUUGGUUGACAGUGAUAACAAUUCUAAAUUACAAGUGGACUAUACUGGCUUAAUCCAAAGUUAUGAGCAGAACGAAACCAAACUUAAGAAUUUUGGGCAGGAACUGGCACAAGUUCAGCAUAGCAUAGGGCAGCUUUGUAACACCAAGGACCUUCUUUUAGGGAAACUUGACAUCAUGUCACCCCAGCUCUCUUGUGGCUCAUCACUUACCACUCAAUCAGGAGAGCCUCUUAAGACAAGCCAGUCUACUGGCCCAUGUGAGUCUUCUCAGUUGCUUCAACAAGAAGUGGAUGAUCUGAGGCGAUCACUGCAGGAAAAAGAUGCCAUGAUUAAAACACUCCAGGAAAACAACCACAGACUGUCAGAGUCCAUAGCUGCAUCCUCAGAGGCAGGAAGAAGAGAACACGAGCAGACUGAUUCGGAAAUGAAGCAGCUGAAGGAGAAACAAGAGGCUUUACAAAACUUACUUAAGGAAAAAGACCUCUUAAUCAAAGCCAAGAGUGACCAGUUACAUUCUUCAAAUGAGAAUUUCACGAACAAAGUGAAUGAAAAUGAGCUUUUGAGGCAGGCAGUGACAAAUUUGAAGGAGAGAAUAUUGAUUUUAGAAAUGGACAUUUCUAAAUUGAAAGGGGAAAAUGAAAAAAUAGUAGAAACCUCCAGGGGGAAGGAAACAGAAUACCAGGCGUUACAAGAGACCAACAUGAAGUUUUCCAUGAUGUUACGAGAAAAAGAAUUUGAAUGCCAUUCUAUGAGAGAGAAAGCACUUGCUUUUGAACAGCUAUUGAAAGAAAAAGAACAGGGCAAGGCUGGAGAGUUAAAUCAGCUUUUAAAUGCAGUUAAAUCAAUGCAGGAGAAGACAGUUACGUUUCAACAGGAGAGAGACCAAGUUAUGCUGGCCCUGAAGCAGAAGCAAAUGGAAAACAGUACCCUUCAGAAUGAGGUUCAGCACUUACGUGACAAAGAGUCACGGUUAAACCAGGAGCUUCAGAGAUUGCGUGACCACCUCUUAGAGUCUGAAGAUUCUCAUACCCGGGAAGCUUUGGCUGCAGAAGAUAGAGAGGCCAAACUGAGGAAGAAAGUCACAGUGUUGGAAGAAAAGCUAGUUUCAUCCUCUAACGCGAUGGAAAAUGCAAGUCAUCAAGCCAGUGUGCAAGUAGAAUCUUUGCAAGAACAAUUGAACAUGGUCUCCAAGCAGAGGGAUGAGACCGCCUUGCAGCUGUCUGUCUCUCAGGAACAAGUAAAGCAGUAUGCUUUGUCAUUAGCCAACCUGCAGAUGGUUCUCGAACACUUCCAACAAGAGGAAAAAGCUAUGUAUUCUGCUGAAUUAGAAAAGCAAAACCAGCUCUUAACUGAAUGGAAGAAAAAAGCAGAGAAUCUGGAAGGAAAAGUAUUGUCGCUGCAGGAACGUUUGGAUGAAGCAAAUGCUGCAUUGGAUUCGGCUUCAAGACUUACAGAACAGCUAGACCUAAAAGAAGAACAAAUUGAAGAACUUAAAAAGCAAAAUGCCCUCCAUGAAGAGAUGCUGGAUGAUGCGCAGAAGAAGUUGAUGAACUUAGUGAGCAGCACAGAAGGAAAAGUGGACAAAGUCCUCAUGAGAAACCUCUUCAUUGGUCAUUUCCACAUACCUAAAAAUCAACGUCAUGAAGUGCUGAGACUAAUGGGAAGCAUCCUGGGUGUUAAAAGGGAGGAAAUGGACCAGUUGUUUGCCGAAGAUCAAGGAGGUGUUACUCGGUGGAUGACUGGAUGGCUUGGAGGAGGAUCGAAAAGUGUGCCCAAUACACCUUUGAGACCAAAUCAGCAGUCUGUGUUCAAUAGUUCCUUUUCAGAACUUUUCGUUAAGUUUCUGGAAACAGAAUCUCAUCCGUCCGCCCCACCCCCAAAGCUGUCAGUUCAUGACUUGAAACCUCUGGAUUCUCCAGGUAGAAGGAAAGUUGACGCCAGCAUACCUGGAAGCUCCAAAGAUACAGCAGAACCCAGGGCAGGAAGAAGGACAGAUCUGAGUCCAUUCUUGGCUCCCCGCUCAGCAGCUGUGCCCCUUAUGAACCCAGCUGGACACGGACCUGGUGGGCCUGGGCAUCUUCUUUUGAAACCGAUCUCAGAUGUUCUCCCCACGUUCACACCGUUGCCAGUGUCACCUGACAACAGCGCUGGCCUUGUACUGAAAGACCUUCUAAAGCAGUAGGAAGCUUUCAAGCCAGAGACUAUCCAGCACUUUAGGAAAUCAUGAACACCGUAUGUGUGAACUUGAUCACAAAGUGGCCUUCUGGAAAGAGUCAUUAUUUGUUUGUAGUUGUAAUUUCUCUGUUAAUAAAAAUAUUCUUAAUGCUUUUAGAAAUUGCAGGUGUCAGAAGAGUAAGUAACUGCUAUAUAAUCUGCUUUUUUUGUUCACUGUAUAAUUGCACCUAAUUUAAAACUAGAAACAUUUGGUUUACUUUUUAAUUUACAGAACUCUUAAAAUAACUAUGUCUGCUUUUAUCUCCUCAGAUUUUCAAGCUCAUUUAAUAUAGGGGCAUGUGGUUUAUCUUUCUUUUAUUCCACCCUACCCCACCCCCCAAAAAAGGCAUUGGAUAAAGGCGGCUCUGCCCAGAGCAGAAGAUGCUCUGCAAUGUGCCUCAGCCACCACUGAGGCCUCUUGUGGGGAGGGGACAAAGCUGCUCUGGGAAGUGGUGGGUGCCCUGAGGCAACAGGGGUAUUUGGUUCUGUGCCUGUUUUAUCAUAUGUGUAGAUUCAUCUGGCCAUCACAGUUAAGACCCAACCUCUCACCAAAGGGUCCCCUGAGCUGCCCUUUUCUAACCCUUGCUGCCCACCCUAGCCCCUGAAAACCACUAACUGUCACCCUCUAUAAUUUUGUUAUUCUGUGGAUGCUGUUUAAAUGAAAUUACAUGUUAAUGUAACCUCUUGAGAUGAGUAUUUUCAUGUAGCAUAAUUCCCUUGAGAUCUACCCAAGUUGUUUCAUGGAUCAGUAGUUUGUUUCUUUUUAUUGUGGAGUACAUGCUGUUAGUAACUAAAUGGUAUCAUUUAGUUUCAGGAGCUUAACUGUCCUUUUUUUAAGUGUCAUCUAAAACUACAUGUUUCCAGCGGGGCCUGGGGUGUAUGGUUAGUCUCAGCACUUGGGAGGCAGAAGCAGGCAGAUUCUUAGGAAUUUGAGGCCAGCCUAGUCUACACAGUGAGUUUCAGGCUAGCCAGAGCUACUGGGUCACUAGCCAGAGCUAGUGAGACCCUGUCUCAAAACACACACACACACACACACACACACACACACACACACACACACACACACACACACACACACACACACACACCCCACCAUGAAAGCUUAAAGGGCCCCUUGCACAAAUGCACAAAAUCAUGUAACUCUGUGUACGUGUUACGCUGUAUGGCUGCAUCCACAUAAGCCUUAGACCACAGUUAGCAAUAUCUGGGGACCUACCACCUCCUGCCUCUGUCUGAGCUGCGCUGUGGUGCUCCGUGCAGUGCACCACCAGCACCAGGCGUUUGGAACUUACAGCCAGUACUACUGUACUUUUUUACAAAGCCGUUAGUUUUGAAAGAGAAAAAUCCUGACUCACAGCUUUUGUUGUAUCAGGAUGUUCAUAUUUGUAUUCGUUGUUGACAUUGUACAUUUAAAAGUCAUUUCUUGCAUAUUUUCUAAGUUCAGAUAAACCUUUAAAACAGAGAAGCCUGUAUAGCAAGGAAGGGUAGAAACCAGACUAACUCAUAAAUGUCAACAGUCCUGGCACCUGUCAUAGCUAAGUUGGGCUGUUUGUGAAUUUACCUGUGAUAAGCUGUGUAUUUCUAUUGUGUUUAAAAGACUGGAGGUUUUGGUUUUAAUGAUGUGUUGAUGGUUAAAUACCUUUUUCUGAAAAAUUGAGUAACUGAGACAAUGCUGCUUCCUGGUGUCACAUGUGUCUUUAAACUAACUUAUUUAUAUAUAGUUCCUUUCCCCAAUACAUGUUAGAAAAAGUUGGCAUCAGAGAAAUGUUAAGCUGCUCCCACCAGUUUUGCCAAUGUUACAGAUGCCCCUCAACUUACAGUGGGCUCAUGGCCCAGUAAGCCAUUGUAAUUAAAAACAUCUGAAAUAAUCAUUCAUUUGCUGUACCCAACUGUCAGCCGGCCUGGCUUAACUUGGCUGCUUACUCUCAGGACCACACUAGGCUGACUGGGAGCCACAGCUCCCACUGCUGCCAGCAUUGGGAAAAGAGAAACUCUAAAUCUGAAGUACAAUUUCUGCCUAAAGUAUAUCACUUUAGCACACCCCAAAAUUGAAACAGUUAAGCCAUUGUAAGUUGAGGGUCUACUGAUGUAGGUUUUUUUAUGUCCCUUAAAAGUUGCUCUCACUCACUAGUCUGGAGCAUUUACUGCUUGCCAGGGAAUUUUAAGUUCCAUGUGAAGCAUCUGGAAGACUAGUUUUUACACUAAGAAGAAAAUGGAACAUGUAAAAUGUUUUCUUUUAAAGAGGAAGUACAUGUGACUAUUUAAACUAUAUUUUAUAUUUGAAAUACCUUUAUGACAUUUGAAGUUCCUUGACCAAAAUAACCUGCCCUCCCCACCCUUUCACUUAGCCUGAGUCUGAAAACUGUUGUGGGGGACUUCACACCCAGCUAUCAAAGAACACAGAAUUACAUGGCUGCUAUUGAAGUAUAUGGCCUUGUCUGAAAGCUGCAGCACCUUAAUGUCUGUGUUGUAUGCAUGCUAAGUGUGCACUGAUCUAACCCAGACAUGACUCAUCAGUUUUUCUGAACUAAGUUGUGUCAGAGAUGAACCAUCUGCUCAAGGAAACUUCUUAGCAGAGAUGGAGAAGCAUGCAUGCACUCUGGUUACCCAUGGGAACCGCCAGCAGUGCUCUGACUGCAGUAAGUCUGCCCUUGAUAUCUUCCAGCACUCGGUGGAAUUUGCAGUUCAAUUCUGCAUCAGGUGCCACAGACUUACUGCACUGUUGGAACUGCAGUAACUUCACUGUUGAUAUCUCUGUGCGCUUGGUAGAUUUUGUGGCUGAAUUUUGCCGUGGAAGCCACAGUUCUUCACAACAUUCCUAAUGGUUUUCAAGUACAAUGAAAUACACUACCAAGAAUUCACCCUGCCAUUGGAGUUGAUUGAAUGUAAUCACUAGCAUGUGCUUCUGUGAAUUCUCCUUCCUGACAUUCUUGUUUGUUUUUUAAAAGGGGAUGGGGGAACCAAAGUAUAUAGGCAAAAAGAGAUGGCACGCGGCUAGCCAGUUAAACAUCAGCUGUCACCCAAGAAAAGCCUUUAGUUCUUAACCUUCCAAAGGAUUCAAGAGUGCAAGCCCUUACCUAGUCAGCCACAGGGAGGAGAGGCAGGCACAGGCAAAGAGACGAAAACCAUAGAAAGGGUUGCAUUUAAACUGGAUUGUUUUAAAUUUAAGAAAUUUUCAUAUAUCAGAGCACUUAAAGCAUUAUCGGGCACCAAAAAUUUACCUUCUGUAAAUAUCAGCUACGUUAGGUAAUAUUUAUUUUAUAUAUUCCUAUGGAAAAACAAUGAUCAUUGCAAUGUUGACAUUUGUGAUAAUUUGCCAGUCUUUAUAUCUUAACUUAUUAUGAUUUAAUCACUUAAAAUUGGUACUUUGUCUUUUGAUUUGUAGGAAAAUAACAAAUGUGAGAAAUUUCCAACUGUAUCAUGAGAUUCGGUUGUGUUUUAUAUAGAGUUAAAGCCAGUGCACUCUUGGAUUUCUCAGGAGCAUUGCAAGGCAAAAAGAAAAACCUCUAAAUAAAAAUGAUUUAAGUUGGCCGUGUCUUCAUCCACAAUAAAAACACUUGGGAAACA